AUGGCCCGCCGAACGCAAUCGCGCUUUAUCUUUGAUAUCCUGGAAAACUCCCGAACUUUUCGCCAUCAGUUUUUUGUGAACGGUUCAAGGAGGGCGGAGUGUACCACCUGUGAAAAUCGUGUUCCGGACAGCGAGCCGUACCACCAUCAUUGGCGCAAUGAUAUUAAAAACAAUCGAAGUUACUACAUUAAGUUGAGUGCCGAAGAAAAACAGAUCCUUAAAAAGAUUGAGGAUCGGGCCGUCGAAGAGUUUAUCUUAUGUGACGGAAGCAUUACAGCCAGGACCAAUGACUUUCUUUUGGAGGCGGGAAUGGAUGCAGUGCCUCAACUGCUGCGAUUCCUAAGCUAUGGAACUGAGAAACUGCAGGCCACCGUAGGAUUCUAUGUGGAUGUGAAAAAGGAGCGCAUGUACUACGAAAGCAGUCCUCUGAAUAUCGAACACCAUUUGGAUAUUGGUGAGGCUGUGGACAUGAUAUUCUCCAUGCUGCUGGAGAAGAUUAGCAACUAUGUGCUGCUUCAUCAAAGGGUGCCCUUGGAGGCGUGUGUCAUCAGAAGGAUGAAGGUGACUGUGAAGAGAUUUUGCCACCCCCCAAAAAGCAAUUUCUCUCGUGCUUCCAAACUUCCCCUGCAAUAUCAAGUGAAAAAUGCCACUGAAAUGCUUGAAAGCGCAAGUAAAAAAUCAUACUGCGAUUUGGCAAAGCUUGCUGAGACUUAUCUAAGUCAAGGACGAUCUUUACCGGCUUCGCUCAAAAUAAACCUCUAUGUCUUUCGAGUUUGCAAUACCUCUAAAGAACUAUAUGUUGUGCCCUAUUUACUCAAUGGCGAUGUGGAAGAAACACCCACCUUUAUCAUUCAAACGGACGUAGUUGGUGGAUUUCAAGGUCUACUUGAAAUUCGCAAUAUAAGAAAGUUUCUGCGGACUGAUAGCCAAGAUCGGGUGUUCGAAUGCCGCCAGUGCCAGUCUCAUUUUGUGGAUCGGGUGCAUUUUGCACUCCAUAAACGGAUUGAUUGUGGACGAAACUUUAUGGUAUGGCACAUGGACAAGGACGCCAUCGAGUUGCAUGAAAACUGUUUGCCCUUGCCGAAGGAAUAUUUCAAAUACGAAUGGACUGGGUUGGCCAGCAAGCGAAUUUAA